UAUUCAGACAUGUCGUCGUGGACUUCAUCACGGUUCCUGUACGAGGAGACAAAGCCAUGGGGAAUCCAGUUCCUUGAACGGUUCAAACGCUCAGGAAGGCUCUCCUUCAAGAACAACCAAGCCAUCGUCUUCGUCCUCACCUUCGUCUCUUACGUCGCCUUCCACGCUUCCCGCAAACCUAACAGCAUCGUCAAGGGCACUCUCACCACCCCGUCCAACACGACCGAUGGGAAGGGUUGGGCCCCGUUCGAUGGCCCGGAUGGACCCACCUUGCUCGGCCAGAUCGACUUGGCUUUCCUCUCUGUCUACGCUGUCGGAAUGUUCGUUGCUGGUCACUUGGGUGAUAUGUUGGAUCUCAGGACGUUUCUGACGACUGGAAUGAUUGGGACGGGAGUGUUCACCGCCCUGUUUGGGUUCGCUCAAUGGGCCAAUAUCCACAGCUUCUACUAUUUCCUCGCUGACCAGACCCUUGCAGGGUGGUUCCAGUCUAUCGGCUGGCCUUGUGUGGUGGCUCUGUUGGGGAAUUGGUUCGACAAGAGGAGGAGAGGGAUGAUCAUGGGUAUCUGGAGUGCUCACACCUCGCUCGGCAAUAUUAUCGGGUCAUUGAUCGCCGCUGGUUUGCUCAAAUACGGAUGGGGAUGGUCCUUUGCCGGUCCUGCUCUGCUCAUUACUUUCCUCGGCAUUGUGGUGUACCUUUUCGUGCCGGUAAACCCAUAUGCUGUAGGGGCUGAGAGAGACGGGACUGAAGUGGAUUCGACAAUGAAGCUUGGGGAUACUUUCUCAGAGAACCUCCUAAUAAGCUCUCGGAUGAGCACUGGGCUCGACAGGAGAGCUGUCGGGUUCUGGGCUGCUUGGAGAAUCCCGGGUGUCACUCCUUUCGCCUUCUGCCUUUUCUUCACCAAGUUAGUUUCUUACACCUUUCUCUACUGGCUUCCCUUCUACGUCAGCCACACAGAGAUAGGAGGGGAAUAUCUGUCUGAGGAGACAGCAGGAAACUUGUCGACCCUUUUUGACGUGGGAGGCGUUGUUGGAGGAAUCUUAGCAGGAUACGUCUCGGAUCAACUUGAUGCCAGAGCCAUUACAGCUGCAGGGUUCAUCUACUUAGCCAUCCCGGCUCUUUUCCUCUACAGAAUCUAUGGCCACAUCUCCAUGACCAUCAACCUCAUGCUCAUGUUCAUAACUGGGGUUUUCGUCAUCGGACCCUUUGCUCUCAUCACUACUGCUGUCUCAGCCGAUCUCGGUACCCACAAGUCACUCAAAGGCAAUGCUAGGGCUUUGGCUACUGUUACCGCUAUUAUAGACGGGACAGGUUCCAUUGGUGCCGCCAUUGGACCGGUUCUCACUGGUUACAUCUCAGCAAUCAGUUGGAGUGCGGUGUUUUACAUGUUGAUGGCUGCAGCACUGAUCUCGGGUCUGUUGCUAACCCAACUUGUCAUUACAGAAGUACAAGCCAAGCUGUCUGGAUCAACCGACGAAGAAGCCAUCAUCUCUGCACCUGUGUCCAGACCUCCCAUUGAUGUCCUCACCUGAAGUCUGCUCCUCCUUAUUCAUCCGGUGUUUGUCGCAAGAGAGAGGCUUUCCCUUGUUCGUCUGAAUUUCUUCGGUCUUUUGUCUGUUUUCGUAAGAGACAUGUUUUGAAGGUGUGAAUGCAAACAAUAACUCUCCCUGUCGGAAGAUCCACAAUAUUCAAACACAAAUAUGCAUGCUUAUAGAUCCAGAAGUGGCAUUUCCUAAAAUCUCACCAAACAAAUUUCCAAAAACAUCCAACACGAACACUCAAGGCUCCCUUGUCAUCGACCAGAAACAAAAUCUAGAUCCAGAUCCCAGUUAUCCACUCAAAUUGUUGAAGAUCCUCAAUCUCAAGCACCCAAUUUACCUCCAAUCCCAGAAAAUAAGUAUCACAUUCUCAUGAAAAUUGUAGAGCUUAUACGCCAGAGAAGCCGGUGGAACUCGAUCCACGGAUCAUGCUCAUGGGUUGGAUACUUCUCCUCCACUUGCUUGGUCGGCGAGCAUCUUGAUGUUCGGGACGUUGUGGAUCCCGCAAAUGGUACCCGCGAUGAACAGGAAGCGACUCCGUGUAAAUCCUCAUCUUCUUCUUCUCCUCCUAGUGAUGCGCGAAUUAGGGUUUUUGGAAUCUCCGGUUAA